CACACUUCACUUCUGGUCCAUUUAUCGGCCUCGGUUUAUCACGUCUCUCCACAAUCCCCCAAUCAAACAAACAAACACGAUACAGAGAGACGGUGAAGUAGAAAAGACUUAUCGAGAUAUAGCUUCCAAGAAUGUCGAUGAUGCUCACGGCGGUCAAAACCCCUUCCCUCUGCAACAACACCCUAAACCUGACAGCUUCACCGAGAUUCCCACAACGUGCCAAUCCUCCUCGCGCAGCGAGAUCGGUGAAUCCGACGGCGAGGAUCCAAACACGCAUCCAUCGUCUGAUCCAAGACCAAGGCAUCAUCCUCAUGCCUGGAUGCUACGACGCUUUAUCCGCUGCCAUCGUGCAGCAAACCGGAUUCUCCGCCGGUUUCAUCUCCGGUUACGCUCUCUCCGCUUCUCUUUUGGGUAAACCGGACUUCGGUUUGCUAACACCACCGGAGAUGGCUGCGACGGCAAGGUCCGUCUGUGCUUCGGCUCCAAACAUCCCCAUUAUUGCAGAUGCCGAUACUGGUGGAGGUAAUGCACUAAACGUUCAAAGAACUAUAAAGGACUUAAUCGCAGCUGGUGCUGCUGGUUGCUUCCUUGAGGAUCAAGCAUGGCCUAAGAAAUGCGGUCAUAUGCGUGGCAAACAGGUUAUAUCAGCAGAAGAACAUGCUGCCAAGAUAGCAUCAGCACGAGACGCUAUUGGAGAUUCUGACUUCUUCCUUGUCGCUAGAACAGACGCACGUGCCACUUCUGCUAAAUCAGGGCUUGAAGACGCCAUCGCUCGUGUCAAUCUCUACAUGGAGGCGGGAGCUGAUGCUUCCUUUGUGGAGGCGCCGAGAGACGACGAUGAGCUCAAGGAAAUAGGCAAACGCACAAAGGGUUUCAGAGUCUGCAACAUGAUCGAAGGCGGAGUCACGCCGUUGCACACGCCUGAGGAGCUUAAAGAAAUGGGGUUUCACUUGAUUGUUCAUCCCUUGACCGCGCUCUAUGCAUCGGCUCGAGCACUUGUGGAUGCUCUCAAGACUCUUAAAGAAAACGGAACCACGAGAGGUCACUUGGAAAAGAUGGCGACUUUUGAGGAGUUCAAUAGUUUGGUGGAUUUAGAGUCGUGGUUUGAGCUCGAAGCUCGUUAUUCGAACCUUAGGAACGCUCUUGGGACGACAACAAAAUCUUGAAGAGGCUGCUGCUGCGUACUAGAGAGCCAUAAGGUUUUAUCUUCUUUCAAAUGUCUCUGAAGCUCUUCUGUUUUGCUAAUUUUACAGACGAUUUAUUUGAGCAAUUGUCUCAUCAAUAAGACAAUAAUGUAACUUUUGCAGUCGUAUAAAAGUUCCUAUUUCCUAUUUA